AUGAAUGAAAAUACCUCCAGGAGUAAUCAUAAUAACCACAAUCCGAACCACACGCAUGGAUCUUCUUCCGAGAGAAGAGAUCUUAUCUCCACUUUGAAAGGCUUCUCUCAAAAAAGUAUUCCCAACUCGGAACUGUAUUCCAAGUCGUUACCUCAAUUGAAUUCGAGAGACUCUUCCAUCUUGUCGAAUAGCUUUUCAAACCUUUACAUGCAACCUCCAUCAAGUACAACAAAUCUCAACACGAGUUCGGUGUCGAGAUGUCAUGUUUUAAACAAACAACCGAUUUCCUCCGAAAUACCUCUUGUACCUUUAAAUGACUUGCAAGAAUCCGAUUUAAUUAAGGUAUUAACUUUCUUCUUUCCAAAAGGCACCAAUUUUUCAAUGAAUCGAUGCGGAUGUGGUGUUUUGUGUCCUUUAAUUUCUAUUCCUGUUACUUCCCUUCAGCAAGUAGACCCUUCGAUCGCUCAUCGAGCCAUUCAACAACGAGAUAAAAAUGCUUCUUCAUCACAUCAGCCAAAAAUCAUCAUCCGAAGAACGCCACAACGAGAAGUUUCCAUCUUUUUCGAUCCGGAAGCUGCUGAUAAAAACAAAACAAUAAUGCAUCAAAUUGACGAAGGAUUUACAAUUAAAAGAAAUGAGAGAGUGGUGAACACAAACAAUAUUACAGCAAAUUUAGUAUCACUACUUGGAGCGGAUGAUAUUUUGGGAACAACCCACAAAAUGGAUGCAAUUUCAUCCACAGAAGACACAGUCAACAAUAUUGCCUCGUCAUCAACAGAUGGACGCAAGUCAUUGUCGCCAAAUAUUCAAAUUUUACUCACAGAAUAUGAAAACCAAUUAAAAUCUCUCAGAGAGCAACUUGACCACGUGAUGGCUGAAAAGCAGCUCAUCCAGUCCACUUCUCAUAACAUUACAGAAAAAGCUGGAAAGCAAUCGGAAGAAAUCUCGAGGUUGCAAAACGAAAACGAUUCUCAACGAGAAAAAAUUAACAACCUUCGCAAAGUUGUAAGAUCUUAUGAAUCAAUGAUCAACAAGAAUGAAAAUAAUGAAUCAUUGCUAGAGCACAAAAAUGAAGAAAUUGAAAAAUGUAAAUCAAUAAUUUCUUCAAAAGAUAGAGAAAUUACUCGCCUUCAAGAACAAAUAGUGCUGAGCAAUAAUUCCAUUAAUCAGGCGGCAGAAAUUAAAAAACUUAUAUCCAAAAAAGAACAAGAAUUAUCACUCCUUAGCAAAGAUAUUCACAAUUUGAAAAUGGAACUUUCAGAGAAGGAACGAUUAUCACAUGAAAAAGUUUCAGAGUUGCAAAAUUCGAUCGACAUGUUAACACAACAGUUGAAUGUGGAACAAGAAAAGAGCAAGAGUAUGAAAAUUGAUUAUGAUUUGUUAUUAAGAAGCAAAGAAUCUGAAUUGUUAAAUUUGAGACAGCAACUUGAAAUGGAACGAAGCAACCUUUCUAUUCUUCACGAUAAGCAUCAAAUGUUGGAAACAAAAUUCAAGCAUGAGCAAAAAUUGAUAUCACGGCUCGAGCAAGAUUAUAAACAUAAUGAAAUUGCAAUGGAAUCUCUCAAAAAGAAGUAUGACAAGAUGGUAGAGAUUAAAGAGGAGUGGGAAAUGAAAUAUAAUUCAAAAAUGCAAGAGUUAAAGCAAUACCAAGAGAAAGUGAACGAAGAAAAAGCUCGUCUACAGAGCGAAUUUGAAUCUAAUCUCCAGAACUAUCAACAAACGAGUCAAAGAACGAUCACUGAUCUUACGACGCGUCUUGAACAGGUCAUAAAUGAGAAUCGGCUUCACGUCACUGCACUGACAAGUAAGGAAGAGAUGAUGGUGUCAUCACAAAUUGAUUCCCAGCAAAAGAUAUCAGAGUAUAGGGAAACAGUUGAGCAGCUUAAUCAUCAAUUAAGAAAUGCCUCUGUAGAACUGCAACAAAAGGAAAAUGAAAUUUCAAAACUUCGAAAAUUGAUGGAGCAAUUAGAAAAGGAUAAACGAGCUCUUGAAGUUGUUAUUUUAGAAAAAACAGAUCUAAUUGUAAGACACGAAAUGAGCAUUUCAAACUUGGAAAUUGAAAAGAAAAAGUCUAGCUUUGAAAUAUCUGAAUAUUCUGCACGACUCUCAAAACUUGAACAAAAACAAAAGAGUUAUUAA